UAUGGCCGCGCCCGUGCUGCGGCCUGGCCUGGGCAGGCUUCCCCAGAUGCAGCCGCUGCGGCCGGCCAGCCGAGCUCAUUGCACGUCCCAGGCCUUCGCGGAAGUGCUCCGAUUGCCGAAGAAGCAAUUGACGAAACUCGUGUUCCCGCUGCGAGAACUCGAGCGGCACCUAGUCCCGGACUCGAGGCCCGCCCUGCGCUCGAACAUCUUCGAGCCCAGCCUGGAGGACAUCGCCAGGGCCGAUGGCUUAUUCACGCCCACCGCCGCCAACCGCAUCGAAUACGUCAGUUCCGCCGUGCGUCUGGACCACGCCCCGAGCCUCCCCCGCCCGGAGGUAUGUUUUAUAGGCAGAAGCAAUGUCGGAAAGUCUUCUCUAAUAAAGGCUUUAUUUUCAUUGGCCCCAGAGGUUGAAGUUAGAGUCUCCAAAAAACCGGGUCAUACAAAGAAAAUGAAUUUUUACAAAGUUGGAAAAUACUUCACAUUGGUGGACAUGCCAGGUUAUGGCUAUAGAGCACCAGAAGAUUUUGUUGACAUGGUAGAGACCUACCUAAAAGAACGAAGGAAUUUAUUGAGAACAUUUUUAUUAGUGGAUAGUGUUGUUGGAAUUCAAAAAACAGACAAUAUUGCCAUAGAAAUGUGUGAAGAAUUUGCAUUACCUUAUGUGAUGGUAUUAACAAAAAUUGACAAAUCUUCCAAGGGCUAUCUUUUAAAGCAAGUGCUUCAGAUCCAAGAAUUUGUUGAUACUAAAACACAAGGGUGUUUUCCUCAGUUGUUUCCUGUAAGUGCUGUGACCUACUCUGGAAUCCAUCUGUUGAGAUGCUUUCUAGCAACUAUAACAGGAAAUCUCAAGGCUUAGUAACUUCCAAUUUAGCUGAAGAUUCCAAGCUCUUCAUGCCAACUAAACAGUUUUAUUCCAACAUUGUUUUAAAUGUUGUGUUUCAGUAACUGGUGAAGAAUCAUGUCAAAUUUAAAACCUCAUCUUCCCAAAGCAAACAUGAAUUCGUGCAUGGUGGAGAAAAAGGUUUGUAAAUGGCUGAAUUAUGUUGUUCAGUAGAAUAGAUACUAGCAAUUUUUCCUAUUUUAAUAAACUGUCAAACAAGAAUAUGAGUUCAUAAUUUCAUGAAAUCAUGGGAAAAUGAAAAAGGAAAGUCAGGUAAGGAUGCACUGAGUGAAUACCAUAAGGAACAAAGGUUCCCAAGAUUAUUUGGCCUACUAUCACUUUUUCAGUUAAAAAAAAAAUCAAUUACCCUUCCUCCCAGUGGCACCCAAGGAUACUACCACAAUCCCUGACCUGAAUCAUUUUUGUAUCCUCGGGACAGUGUUGCUGACUCCAGCAAACCCUGACAGAUGCAACAUACUUGAUCUUGAGAUGAGCAACCUCAUGAAAUUUGCCUCUGAAUCAUUUUUGAGAGACAAGACUUUGACCUUAUACUUCUUCCAAAUUCUGCAUACCCAAUUGCAAAGUUCUCCUCAAAUCUGAUACUGAAGAGGGCUAUGAUGAUAAGUAACACUAGGGAA